CUACGACCCGCUCGCUCGCACGCACGCACACAACGAACGCACCACACUGGCCGUGACAGUUGCGAACCAACAGUUGCAGAGACUGCAAGGUGCGAACCGACUUGUUCUUCUCCUCGGCCAUCAACUGCGCAAUGGCCGACACGGUGCACCGCCGCCGGCGCCCUGCCGUCUCAUGCACGUUGUGCCGCCGCCGCAAGAUCCGGUGCAACCGCGAGGCGCCGUGCAGCAACUGCAUCCGCUCGGGCUCCGCGCCGUGCGUGUACGACGCUCCGCCGCCGCCCAGGAGGGCCGCCGGCAGCAAUAACCACAACAAUACCGCUGCUUCGCCUUGGCCGGCUGCCGGGGCCCGGCCUGGGACGCGGGGCCCGGCCGGGGCAGGGCCUGGGUCCACGUCCGUCGCCUGCGAGGUCUGGAAACAGGCGGCCCCGGGCGUGGCCACCCUGCACUCGUCGCUCAGCCCGUCGGCCGCAACGUCUGCCUCGUCCCAACAGCAACAACAACAACAACCACCACCACCCCAGCCCGUCCACGAUGUCAUUGACGAAAUGUCGUCGCGCAUCGCCGGCAGCUUCCACAUGGCCGGCCACGGCGGCUCCAAGAACAAGCCCGCCAUCCCGCGCAUCGUCACCCACAAGCAGCGCACCUUUGGCCAGUCGCACUGGAUCACGGCGUCGCUGCUCUUCUGGGACCUCAUCGAGCUCAUCGAGCCGCACCUCCAGGCCGGCCAGAACAACGACGCCACCGCCGGCCUCCGCCGCUGCAAGACGCUCGCCCGCAUCGUCAAGGCCCGCAGGGCCCCCGCCUGGCCGACCGUGCCCACCCCGGACCUGCCCGACCGCCGCACCGCCGACGCCCUCGUCUCCUGCUACCUCCGCACCUCGGAGCGCCUCUACCGCGUCCUGCACAUCCCCAGCUUCACCCGCGACUAUGAGGCCCUGUGGACCACCACCCACGACCCGGCCACGGGCCACUUCCUCGUCCAGCUCAAGCUCGUGCUCGUCAUCGGCACCGUCACCCACGACGCGACCUUUUCCCUGCGCGGCCACGCCACCCGCUGGAUCUACGAGGCGCAGACCUGGCUGGCCGAGCCCAAGUUCAAGUCCCGGCUGCUGACGCUGCAGUCCGUCCAGACCCACAUCCUGCUCCUCCUCGCCGAGGAGCUCGUCGCCGUCGGCGGGGACGCCGUCUGGAUCGGCGCCGGCGCCCUGCUGCGGCGGGCCGUCCACCUCGGCCUGCACCGCGACCCGUCCCACCUGCCCCGGGCGUCGCUGCUCGUCACCGAGAUGCGGCGCCGGCUGUGGAACACGAUCCUGGAGCUCAACAUGCAGUUCUGCGUCGCGGGCGGCACGCCGCCGGGCAUGGUGCUCGAGGACUUUGACACGCUCCCGCCGGGCAACUUUGACGACGAGCAGCUCGUCGGCGGCGGCAGCGGCGGCGGCGGCGCAGCAGCAGCUGGUGGUGGCAAGGAGCCCUCGCCCAAGCCGGAGAGCGUGUACACGCAGACCUCGCUCGCGCUGGCCCUGCGGCGCACCUUACCCGUCCGGCUCAAGGCCGCGCGGGCGCUCAACAACGUCCGCUCCACGCACGGCACCUACGAGCAGAUGCUGCGGCUGGACGGGGAGCUGCGGGCCGCGUACCGCGAGAUGGGCGUCACGCUGCAGCGGUACAAGGCGCCGGCCGGGACCCCGUCGUCGUUUGAGCUCCGGGCCAUCGACCUCAUCAUGCAGCGCUACCUGUGCUUCCUGCACAUCCCCUACAUCCAGGCGUCGCUGCACGAAAAGGCGUACGCGUACUCGCGCAAGGCGGCCCUCGAGUCGUCCAUGAAGGUCUGGUAUCUCGUGUUCCCGCCGCGGGCUGCUGCUACGACGACGACGACGACGACGACUCCCAGCGACAACAACAACAACGACGUCGACGACGAAGACCUGCUGGCACGCUUCGCGACCAACGGCCACGGCCUCUUCCGCACCACGGUGGCCAAGGUGUCGACCGUCGUCGCCAAGGAGCUGCGCAUGCAGCGCCUCGAGGACACGAGCGUCAUCCUCGCGUCGCCCGCCUCGGCGUUCCACAUCCCCCUGCGCCCGGACCUGAUUGCCAUCCUCGACGCCUCGCGCGCGUGGCACCGCCGCACCCUCGAGUCCGGCGAGACCAACAUGAAGGGGUUCUUGCUCGCGCACGCGGCCAUGUCGUACGUCGACGUCAUGGCCCGCGGGGAGCUUCCCGACCUGGCCGAGGAGCUGGUGCUGGUCAUGAUCAAGGCCAUGGGGGAGAGCAUCGAGCUGAGCAUCCCGAUCCUGGAGGCCGAGGCGGCGAAAUACGGCCCGCCCGUCGUCGGCAAGGACAUUGAGGCGCUCGCCGAGCUGGGCGGCAGGGAGAAGACCCGGGGAGAGCUGGACGGGCAUGUGAUUGGCCCGGUGGUGCAAGGGACUGAGAUCUCGACGGGGGGACAAGGGGGAGGAGGAGGAGGAGGAGCGGCAGAGGGCGACGCCGGCUGGGAUUUCAUGGUGAGUUUUUUCUUCCUUCCUUGCUGUGACAGCGCUCAGUGUUAA